UCCUCCUCAACUCUCCGCGGCCGCCGCUGAAAAUGUCCACAGAGGAUCGAGUUACACUACGCCCCAUCUUUAAGCCCCGGUCCGCGGGGCAGUGCGCCGUUAGCCAGCAGCACAACCAGAGGACAGGGCCGCGGGACGCACCGGGCUUCGCACUCAUGCCUUGAAAAAGGGAAGCGCUCCAAAUUGUUGUUAAUGGGGAGAAACCACAUUCCACUGCAGUUCUAACAAUGAUAGAAACAAUGGAUACCCAGCGUGCCUUGCAGGCGGUGGAGCGUCUCCAGGCCAAGCUGAAGGAGCGGGGGGAGGUGCCCACUGAGGAGAAGCUCAGCCUGCUCAAGUCGGUGCUCCAGAGCCCCCUCUUCCACCAGAUCCUGGCCUUGCAGAAGUCCGUCCAGCAUCUCAGAGACCAGGAGAGCAUCCCGGUGUCGAGUGGGAGUGACCCCGGCGAUCAUGUCGCAACAGUCAAACCCUACUCAGACAUAUCAGCUUCUCCACACAUCAAUGGAAAGACGUCAUGUGAAGAUUUCGAGCACCUCGUUAACUCCAUGGCGCAGGGGCGCUGCGUGACGCACGUGGACCUACAGAAGCCAGUGUCAGGAGGCCUUGGCUUCAGCGUGGUGGGCCUGAAGAGCGAGAACCGAGGAGAGCUCGGCAUCUUCAUCCAGGAAAUUCAGCAGGGAAGUGUUGCCGACUGUGAUGGCAAGCUCAAAGAAGCUGACCAGAUCCUAGCCAUCAACGGCCAGCUCCUGGACCAGAGGGUGAGCCACCAGCAGGCCAUAGGCAUCCUGCAGAGUGCGUCGGAGAGGGUGCAGCUCACCGUGGCCAGAGGACCGAUACCUCAGCUGGUCAGCCCCGCGGUGUCCCGCACGCCCUCGGCCGCCAGCACGCUGUCCGCCAGCUCCAGUGCGUGGCAGCACGUGGAAACGAUCGAGCUGGUCAACGAUGGGACCGGACUUGGCUUUGGUAUCGUGGGAGGAAAGACCACUGGGGUCAUUGUCAAAACCAUCCUUCCCGGAGGCAUAGCUGACCAGGAUGGCCGCCUGCGCAGCGGCGACCACAUCCUGAGAAUCGGAGACACCGACCUGCACGGCAUGGGCAGCGAGCAGGUGGCCCAGGUCCUCAGGCAGUGUGGUAACAGGGUGAAGUUGGUGGUCACCAGGGGUCCCGGGGACGAGAAUCCCUCCCUCUCUGCUGUCAUGCCCGUGGUGCUCCCCACUGUCAACGAACAGGGCUGUGAAGAAGAGGAGGACGAAGCCUUUGAUGUGAGCCUCACCAAGAACACCCAGGGUCUGGGGAUCACUAUUGCUGGCUAUGUUGGAGAUAAAAAUGCAGAGCCCUCUGGCAUUUUUGUUAAGAGCAUCACUAAAGACAGUGCCGUAGAUCAAGAUGGCCGUAUUCACGUCGGGGACCAAAUAAUAGCUGUCGACUGCGUAGACAUCCAGGGAUACACCAAUCAGCAGGCAGUGGAAGUGCUCCGACACACGGGCCAGACCGUCCACCUGAAGCUGAUCCGCCGGGACUUCAGGCCCGAGGAGACCCCACCGAACGUGGCCCCCGUGGACGCCGGCCCCGCCCCGUCCCCCCCCGCCAUCAUCCCCACCGCCGUCGCCGUGAUGGAGCUGGAAAGCAGGAAGGCUGCUCAAGAUGAAAAGCCGCUCCAGACAAAGAGUGAAGGACCCGACGUGGGACCCGACGCGGGACCCGACGCGGGACCCGACGUGGGACCCGACGCGGGCCCCGCCGUGGAUCAGCUUACAGACGAAGACGAACAUGGGAUGGAGCCAGCACCCUUUGAAGAGGAAGAUCUAAUGAAGAAGUGGCAAGAAAUUCUGGGGCCAAGUAAUGAAGUUGUCGAGGCUCAGGUGGAGAAGUUCAGUGAGAACAGUGGGCUGGGCAUCAGUCUAGAAGCCAACAGCGGGCAUCAUUACAUCCGCUCCGUUCUACCCGAGGGACCCGUUGGCCGCUGCGGAAAGCUCUUCAGCGGAGAUGAACUGCUUGAGGUCAAUGGUUUAUCCCUGAUUGGUGAGACCCACAAGGAAGUUGUCCGAAUCCUGAAGGAGCUUCCUCUGUGCGUGACCAUGAUAUGCUGUAGGCCCGCCCCUCACCUGCAGACGGACAUGGAUGCUGUCCAACCAGAGACUUUCUUAACAGCAUCCAAAUUAAAGAAACAAAUAGACCCGAGCGGCGUACCGGCUGCUGGAGACUCCGAGGUGAACGUGGCGGCAGCGGCGCAGGAGAAGGUGACUGAGGAGGCGAUAGCGUCUCCUUUGGCUAUGUGGGAAUUGGAGAUCCAGAACAUCGAGCUGGAAAAGGGGGAAGGGGGAUUGGGAUUCAGCAUUCUGGACUAUCAGGACCCAUUGGACCCCGCCAAGACGGUGAUUGUCAUUCGCUCGCUGGUUCCCAGCGGCGUGGCCGAACAGGAUGGCAGACUGUUGCCCGGAGACCGCCUCAUGUAUGUUGACACCACCAACCUGGAGAACGCCAGCCUGGAAGACGCCGUCCAGGCCCUGAAGGGAGCCAACCUUGGCACGGUCCAGAUAGGAGUUGCCAAACCACUGCCUGGAAUAUGUGGAUAUUCCCACUCUCCACACCCAUAUGGUGAGCAGGAGAUUACUUCAUCAUCCACCAUCCAUUCAUUUGACUUCAUACAUAUUUGGGUGGAAGAAGGAGAGGAAGAAGGACUGACUGAGGGCAUCGUUUACCGAGCAGAGCCUGCAUUGGUGGACGCCUGCGAAGCAGACCUGUCUGACGAAAGUGUGUUGGACCUCACUUACUCUGGGACAGAGGACGACACUUUCCAGGCAUCCAUGAUCGCUCUUCACGGCAGCGGCUGUAGUGCAGAGAUGGAUUACCUGCACUCAUCUACGCCCACGCUGACAGCUCGUCUGGACGUGUUGGACGAGCAUCUCUGCUUCCCGCCACCGCCCCCGCCCGACCUCGCCGACGACACGGGGCCGUUCUCCCCGGAGGAGUCGGCCCCUUUCACUCCUCCGAGUUUCAGGGGCCGCGACCGGGUUUUCGGAGGCGCGUUGAGCAGCUCUGAUCAGUUCCUGGCGCAGCACGAUGCUCGAGAGGAGCCGGCGGAGAGCUCCAACUCGUACAGCUCGCUCACUGAAAUAGGGACAAGGUUGUCCCUCCCAGAUGAGCCCGCGGAGGCUCUUCACUACCAGCAGGUGCCAGCCAUGUCUCUGGAAGACAUUGGAAAUAUAGAGAUCUUGAUAAAGGGCGAGGCGGCUGGCGUGAGAGAAUCAGCAGCGGCCGGUGACGAGAAAGAACUGACCUCAGGGAGCAAUUUUGAAAGGACCAUCACAGUUGUCAAGGGCAACUCCAGCCUAGGGAUGACCGUGAGCGCCACCAAAGACGGUCUGGGGAUGCUGACCCGCAGCAUAAUCCACGGGGGGUCCGUGAGCCGCGACGGACGCCUGGGUGUCGGCGAUCUCCUCCUGGCCAUCAACGGCGAGCCCACGGCCGGCCUGACCAAUGCCCAGGCUCGCGCCAUGCUGCGACGCCACUCGCUCGUUGGACCGGACCUGGGAUCUGCUUGUGCACCCGAGGACGAUCUGUGCCCAUUUUAUGUGAAUAUUCCAAGCCUCCCUGAACGGGAAGACGGCGAGGGGGAGGAGAGUGCCGCUUAUAGCAACUGGAACCCACCCAGGAGAGUGGAGCUCUUCCGAGCGGCAGGCAAGUCCUUGGGUAUCAGCAUCGUCGGGGGCCGAGGGAUGGGCAGCCGGCUGAGCAACGGAGAGGUGAUGAGGGGCAUCUUCAUCAAGCACAUCCUGGAGGACAGUCCUGCUGGACAGAACGGGACCCUGAAGACCGGGGACAGGAUUGUCGAGGUGGAUGGAGCGGAUCUGAGAGAUGCUACCCAUGAGGAGGCGGUGGAGGCCAUACGCAGGGCGGGCAACCCGGUGUCCUUCUUGGUCCAGAGCAUUAUCCACAGGCCCAGGGCCGAGUCAAUAUGUAACCCGGCCGCGUCGCCUGCUGUAGAGAAACCCAGCACCUCUUUCACAUGCAUGCCACAUGCCACAUGUCAGAGGGAUUCACCUGCAUGUCUGUCCCGUGCGCCGCAGUCGUCGCUGACGGACUCCAGCAAGGAGAGAGCCGCGGCGCAGACGAGGGACAACAAGGACAAGGAGGGUUACAGUCACAGUAGACUUUUCCUCCGCCUCUCCCCAACUAACCCUUUCACUCCUACCCCGUUUAAGCCUGUGAAGCGUGAAGCGGCAAAGGCAUCUCCCCCCAGCCCUGUCCUCCUCCUGCCAGUGGUGCCCCAUGUGGGAGAGACUGAUACAGACACGCUGACAGAGAUCCCAGGCAGACCUGCAGAGGAGGAGGAGGAUGAGUUUGGAUACAAUUGGAAGAACAUAAUCCAGCGCUACGGCAGCCUCCCGGGAGUCCUACACAUGAUUGAGCUGGAGAAGGGCAAGACAGGCCUGGGCCUCAGCCUGGCAGGGAACAGGGACCGCUCUCGGAUGAGCGUCUUCGUGGUGGGGAUUGACCCCAACGGGGCGGCCGGCCGGGACGGGCGCAUGGUAGUCGGGGACGAGCUGCUGGAGAUCAGUGGGCAAGUGCUUUAUGGCCACAGCCACCAGAACGCUUCCUCCAUCAUCAAAAGCUCCCCAUCGCAAGUCAAAAUCAUCUUUGUCAGGAACACGGAGGCGCUGGACCAGAUGGCGGUGGGACCUGUGAGAGAACCCGAGGGAGACACAGUGGAGCCGCACACCGAGCUGGAAACCACUGCUGCUAAUGGUGAUGCCGAUGCUUCAAAACAUGUGCAUCACAGCAUGGAGCUGGAGGAGGACGGGGUGAUCGGCGGCACAUAUGUGGAGGGAAACCCCGACAGCGGCGACGCACGUCAGAGUGCGUCAGCGGUGGAAGGCCAGGAGGGCUGUUUAAAAGCAGCGGACAAACUCCCAGCUGUGAAUGGCGAUUUACUGCCGGGCUACACUGUGGAAAAGGAGAAGCGACCCAUCAAUACAAAUGAGAGCCUCCCUUCCUUCUCUUUGCUCCAGUCCACCUGCCAGGACGGGGAGAGCGCGGUGGAUUUAUAUGUAAGCUUACCCAGCAUGCCCAGUGACACAGCAAGCACCCCGGGUCAACCGCAGGCGGAAGCCGACACCGUUCAGAGUCGCUCUUCCACCCCUUCCACUCUGGCCUGUGACCCGACGACCUGUCCCAUCAUCCCCGGCUGUGAGACCACCAUUGACAUCUCCAAGGGCCGAACGGGCCUGGGCCUGAGCAUCGUGGGAGGCUGCGACACCUUGCUGGGGGCCAUCAUUAUCCAUGAAGUCUAUGAAGAGGGAGCAGCCUCAAAAGACGGCAGGCUCUGGGCCGGAGACCAAAUCCUGGAGGUGAACGGCAUCGACCUGCGUGCAGCCAGCCACGACGAGGCCAUCAACGUGCUGCGGCAGACCCCGCACAGGGUCCGGCUGGCGGUCUACAGGGACGAGGCCCAGUACAAGGAGGAGGACCUGUGGGACUCCUUCACCGUGGAGCUCCACAAGAAGCCCGGCCAGGGCUUGGGCCUGAGCAUUGUCGGGAGGAGAUCACGGGACGAGAGGAACGACACGGGAGUGUUCGUGUCCGACAUCGUGAGGGGGGGUUUGGUGGACACCGACGGCCGCCUGAUGCAGGGCGACCAGAUCAUGUCCGUCAACGGCGAGGACGUCCGGACCACCACUCAGGAGGCCGUGGCUGCACUACUCAAGUGCUCUGUGGGGCCAAUAAACAUGGAUGUGGGGAGGUUUAAGGCGGGCCCCUUCCACUCAGAGAGACGGCUGUCUCAAAGCAGUCAGAUGAGUGAAAGCGGCAGCCCCAAGGGGCCCUCUGUGUCAUGCUCCGACUCUGGGAACCUUCCCGGUGACCAUGACAAAUUGAGUCGGAGUCCAGAGCCUCCGGAGUACCAGGAAACCAGAACAGUGGAGUUCAUCAAAGGUCCCAGCGAUUCUCUGGGUGUCAGCAUAGCAGGGGGCGUGGGAAGCCCCCUGGGGGACAUCCCCAUCUUUAUCGCCAUGAUGAAUCCCAUCGGCCUGGCUGCUCAGACGCAGAAGCUCAAGAUCGGGGACCGCAUUGUCAGUAUCUGUGGAACCUCUGCGGAAGGCAUGACCCACUCGCAGGCGGUCACUCUGCUCAAGAACGCCACAGGCACAAUACAGCUGCAGGUGGUAGCGGGCGGGGACACCACCGUGACGGGUCCCCCUCAGGAGCAGGCGGCUGCAGGUCUCACGCCCAGCUGCAUCUUCCAGGAUGACCUCGGCCCACCUCAGUAUAAGACCAUCAAUCUGGAAAGAGGACCAGACGGACUGGGUUUCAGCAUAGUGGGAGGCUACGGCAGCCCCCAUGGGGACCUGCCGAUCUACGUUAAAACUGUUUUUGGAAAGGGUGCAGCAGCGGAGGACGGCCGCCUGAAGCGAGGAGACCAGAUAAUGGCCGUUAACGGGCAGACUCUGGAGGGCGUCACUCACGAAGAAGCCGUUGGCAUCCUGAAGAGGACCAAAGGCACCGUCACUCUCACUGUGCUAUCAUAAACACACACAUGUGCAAUAACCCGCAAACACGCCUGUUCUUACACUUUUAAUCCACACCCAAUGUUCAUCCACAUCAAUAGAGAGCGAAACUUUAAUGGAGCGACACACCUCGCCGGUGUGACGUCAUCACGUCUAGGUGGAGAAGAACUCAAACCGGCAACUGUUUCACCACUGGAUUGCUCUGCUAAAAUGACCAGAUGUUCAUCUGUGAAAAUAUGCACACUGAAAUUCAUUCAUGAAGGAGCUUAAUGUAGCUUUGAACACUGUGAUCCACGUAAGAUUUAUGCACGUCUCAUAAUAAAAUUGCUUUUAUCACUGAAAGAUCCAGCCCAAAUAGUAUGUAAAAUACAUACAUACAUUUAGAAAUAGUUUGCCAUACAGUGUUUUAACUAGUUGUAUAUAUCUCAAACAUGUGAUGAAUAGUAUUCGAAUUAUAGCCCCGUUCAGUUACAUUCCGUGGAUCUGGAUCCAAAGUAUUCACUUGACAAAGGGGUAUUUAGCGGUUCCCUUGCUUGUGAGAUCAUUAUUUUACACAAGUGCAAAAUCGGAAUAUUUCUAGGAGGAGGAGCAGAUUCUUCAAGGUUUUGAAACAGUAAACUACUUACAAGGAGUCCCCUUACACUAAAUUAAGAGCAUGAAACGCCUGUGAAGUCAUUAACAGAUAAUCAGAAUCUAGCCAACGGCUGUAUUAGCUGAUAACAGCAUUAUUUGUCUUUUACAUUGCACUGCUCACGCUCACUGAUUUCAUGAAAGGCUGAUGCUGCUGCUGCUGUAACUGGUUGUAGAAAAAUGGCCAAUGGAGCGUUUUUAUGAAGUGCUAAUGGCUAGAAGUCUGAUACCGUAAAUAUAUACAGAAAGAGGUGAAAUCCUUAAGAAGUGUGGGUUAAGUGCACAUUUGACAAGAUGAGGAAUAUGUAUGACUUGCUCACUGAAAUAUCGUGCUGCUAAAGCCAAUAUACAAGGUAUUAUCUCAGUAUUUUCAAUUUUCGUUUGAAGUAUUAUGCAUUUUCCCUAGAUGAAAGAGCAAAUACAAUAACAUGCUAUCUAGGGAGUGGACAUGUUUAAUUUGUCAAAUGACUAUAUAAUGGACCUUACUGUAUACCCUGUAUACUGUAUAAGUCAUGUAGUGUGUAGUUCCUGAAGUCAUUAGGCUUGUGUUGUGUGAUCUAGUUUAUCCGAAAGUUGGAAAUGUGACAGUAUUGAAUUUGUUCACACUGAAUUAAAUAAAAGUGACCUUUGGAUUAAGUCAUCUGUU